GCAACACUAACAAAAUUUUAAAAAUUCCUGUUUCAGUUUGUGAUGUGUGCGGUAGAGAAUGGUUCAAGCAAUGUAAUGUCCAUGGAAAAAUGAUGACAAUACCAGAUAUUCCGGUGAAUAGGAAAAAGGCUGGAUACAACUACGCCAAAGAAACAACUCCUAGAAUCCUGGGAGUGGCACAGUCAAAGAUUGCGAAUGCUGGAAAAGGAGUCUGGACAAGGGACAUGAUCAAAAAUCAGAUUCAGUUCGGACCUUACCAAGGCCGAACGGGCAAAGGAAACCCUAAAGAUCCCAACUAUGCAUGGCAGCUGAAAGAAAUGGCUGGUGGGUUGAACUACAUUGAUGCCAGUGAUGAGAGAUACAGUAACUGGAUGCGCUAUGUGAACUGCGCAAGAAAUAUAAAUGAAAUGAAUCUGAUGGCAUAUCAGUUUGAGGGCGGCAUCUAUUACAGAACUUUUCGUCUGGUUGCUCCUCAUGAAGAGCUGUUUGUCUUCUAUGGAGAACAGUUUGGCUGUAGUCUCGGCAUUGAUGUCAAGAACUUCAGGAAUCCCACAUUAACUAAUGAAAAAGAUGUCAGCUUCUACUGCGCAGAGUGUAACUCAGUCUUCACCUCACCGCUCUACUUGGAGCAGCACGAAAUGACCUGUCUACUGGGACGGCCACCAAGCAAGAAACCGAAACUCCUUCAUGCUACACAAACUACUGUGACCACAGUUGCACCACAAAGCAAGAACCACGGUUGCACCACGGCAUCUAAUCAAACAUCGAACCCAAUGAUGAGUGUAAGCAACGUUCAGGAACCUCUCUCAUUCACUGAUGGCACCUCAAACGAACAACACCUCUCAUUGAAUGAGGGUUCGACUUAUGGUGCCAAAGACAAAAAACUGAUAGAGUUAUCAGGUGAAAAGGGUGUCAAUAGCCACCUAUGUAAUAAGACUUAUUCCAAAAAGUGUAGAGAGCAUGAGAAUGUAAGGCCAUUCAAGUGUAGUGAUUGUGAUAAAGCUUUCCCUAGUAAUGCAAGACUUGACCGACAUUUUAAGUCAGUUCACUUGAAAGUGUGCUUGUUCAAAUGCAAUAUGUGCCAUUAUAAGUGCUCACAAAAUGGUGAUUUGAAAAAGCACAUGGAUGCUGUGCAUUUGAAUAUACGUAGAUUUGAAUGCAAUAUGUGCGACUAUAAGUGCUCAUGCAAUGGUCAUUUGAAACAACACAUGGAUGGUGUGCAUUUGAAUGUACGUAAAUUUGAGUGCAAUAUGUGUGACUAUAAGUGCUCACGAAAUGGUGAUUUGAAAAAGCACAUGAAUGCUGUGCAUUUGAAUAUACAUAAAUUUGAAUGCAAUAUGUGUGACUAUAAGUGCUCAGAAAAUAGUAAUUUGAAAAAGCACAUGGAUGCUGUGCAUUUGAAUGUACGUAAAUUUGAAUGCAAUAUGUGCGACUAUAAGUGCUCACAAAAUACAGAUUUGAAAAGACACAUGGAUUCUGUGCAUUUGAAUGUACAUAAAUUUGAAUGCAAUAUGUGCGACUAUAAGUGCUCACGAAAUGAUCGUUUGAAAAAGCACAUGGAUGCUGUACACUUGAAUGUAUGUAAAUUUUAAUAUAAUAUGUGCGACUAUAAGUGCUCAGGAAAUGGUGAUUUGAAAAAACACAUGGAUGCUGUGCAUUUGAAUAUACAUAAAUUUGAAUGCAAUAUGUGUGACUAUAAGUGCUCACGAAAUGGUGAUUUGAAACAACACAUGGAUGCUGUGCAUUUGAAUGUACGUAAAUUUGAAUGCAAUAUGUGUGACUAUAAGUGCUCACGAAAUGGUAAUUUGAAAAAGCACAUGGAUGCUGUGCAUUUGAAUAUACAUAAAUUUGAAUGCAAUAUGUGUGACUAUAAGUGCUCACGAAAUGGUAAUUUGAAAAAGCACAUGGAUGCUGUGCAUUUGAAUGUAUACGUAAAUUUGAAUGCAAUAUGUGCGACUAUAAGUGCUCACAAAAUGUUAAUUUGAAAAAGCACAUGGAUGCUGUGCAUUUGAAUGUAUGUAAAUUUGAAUGCAAUAUGUGUGACUAUAAAUGCUCACGAAAUGGUGAUUUGAAAAAACACAUGGAUGCUGUGCAUUUGAAUAUACGUAGAUUUGAAUGCAAUAUGUGCGACUAUAAGUGCUCAUGCAAUGGUCAUUUGAAACAACACAUGGAUGGUGUGCAUUUGAAUGUACGUAAAUUUGAGUGCAAUAUGUGUGACUAUAAGUGCUCACGAAAUGGUGAUUUGAAAAAGCACAUGAAUGCUGUGCAUUUGAAUAUACAUAAAUUUGAAUGCAAUAUGUGUGACUAUAAGUGCUCAGAAAAUAGUAAUUUGAAAAAGCACAUGGAUGCUGUGCAUUUGAAUGUACAUAAAUUUGAAUGCAAUAUGUGCGACUAUAAGUGCUCACAAAAUACAGAUUUGAAAAGACACAUGGAUUCUGUGCAUUUGAAUGUACAUAAAUUUGAAUGCAAUAUGUGCGACUAUAAGUGCUCACGAAAUGAUCGUUUGAAAAAGCACAUGGAUGCUGUACACUUGAAUGUAUGUAAAUUUUAAUAUAAUAUGUGCGACUAUAAGUGCUCAGGAAAUGGUGAUUUGAAAAAACACAUGGAUGCUGUGCAUUUGAAUAUACAUAAAUUUGAAUGCAAUAUGUGCGACUAUAAGUGCUCACAAAAUGGUAUUUGAAAAAGCACAUGGAUGCUGUGCAUUUGAAUGUACGUAAAUUUGAAUGCAUAUGUGUGACUAUAAGUGCUCACGAAAUGGUAAUUUGAAAAAGCACAUGGAUGCUGUGCAUUUGAAUAUACAUAAAUUUGAAUGCAAUAUGUGUGACUAUAAGUGCUCACGAAAUGGUAAUUUGAAAAAGCACAUGGAUGCUGUGCAUUUGAAUGUAUACGUAAAUUUGAAUGCAAUAUGUGCGACUAUAAGUGCUCACAAAAUGUUAAUUUGAAAAAGCACAUGGAUGCUGUGCAUUUGAAUGUAUGUAAAUUUGAAUGCAAUAUGUGUGACUAUAAAUGCUCACGAAAUGAUGAUUUGAAAAAGCACAUGGAUGCUAUGUGAACUCUUUCCCACUGUCGUUUUUUGUUUAGAGUGGGUUUGGAACUCCCUCACUCUAUACGGUAUUUUGCCCGGCGCCAAUCAAUUACUAUGAAUUGAUAAAAUAAUUACUUUACUGUAACUUCACUCACUGAACUAUUAAUAGUAUUGAAGAAAAAGAUAAAAAGAGAUAGAUCAGGGUCGUGUGUAAGGGAAUGUACGAAGUGAAAGGCAAAACAAAGGUUAAUUAUGAAUUUAUUAUUGAACUUUAAAUUUAUAUGAAUUUAUAAAAAAUUGAUCAAAAAUAUAGUAAUGAUUAGAAAUAAAUACAAGAUGAUCAAGUUUUCGAAAAUAUUACAGUUCAAGUUUAAUUUUAUACAACAAAAUUUGACAAACAGUUCCUAUUUUAACAGGUUACUUGAAAAGUAAGUUAUAAAAUCAAAAUAUUGAACAACUCUAGUUAAAAAUAUGAUUAUAGUCAAAAAUAAGAGAAUUGAUAAAUUUUAAAGAAUGAAUAUGAUUAGGGGAGCCUUGCUUUAAAAAACUUUUAUUUGUGCUUACAAGAGAAUUUCAACUGUAAGCUUCAAGAAAUUAAUUAAGAUUGUGUCUUUAGAUAUGAAUUUAAAAAGAAGUAAUAAUUGAGUUUGCUCUUUACUAUAAUUCAAAUAUAAAUUUAAAUUUACUAUAAUGUUUAUUAUGAUAUAUCAUUUUAAACUAUGGCUCCCCUUCAUUUAAAUUUGGCUCCCCUUCAAUAAUAAAUACAUUAAAUGAACAAAAUACAAUGUCAUACAGUACAUAAUUACAAUUGAAUUGAAUAAAUCAAAUUAAUAAGAUACCAAUUAAUUACUACUUAAUUAAUUAAGCAGGUUUCUUAUACUCAUUGUCAACAUGUUUCAAUCAAAUAUACCUAAUUUAUUCUAUUUACAAAUUUGUCCUUAGCCUAUGAAUUCGGAUUCAACUAACUUAAUUAUCUUAUAAUAUUUAUUAAAUUAUAAUUCAUUGUACAACAUUAUAUUUGUUGAAUACUUUAUACAUAUAGCCUAAUCUACUUGACGCCCUAGUUUUUAUAAACAUGUACUCGUUUCAUAUUUAUGGUUUUAUGUGAUCACCAUUCAAAUAAUUGAUCAUCAAAUAAUUACUUCAAUAAUAUUCAUAUGCUAACCACGUGGUAAAAUGGUAGCAUAUGCUAACCACGUGGUAACGUUGUAAACUACAUAUCUAUAUUUACUUCUCUCCUAACUAUAUAUCUAUAUUGCUAUACACAAUCUUCAUUUACCUGUCAUCAACUUAUGCUAUAGAUAUAUACAAGGGUUAACACAAAACACAGUGGGCCAUGUGGUUUCUAUUGUAGACGUGUCUGUGACUGAUGUUUAGAAUACUGUUAAGUUUCUAGGAAAGAAUGAUUUUGUUUCAAACUAUUUUGAAAAGAAUAAUGACCACUGUCGUCUGGCUUGGUAGGCUAUUCAAAUGCAUUCUCUAUAGUUUCGAGAAACGGUUCUUUUUAUUAUUCUAGCUCAUCUAGCGUUCAUAUUCUUACAAUGCAAUAUGUGCAGAGCACGUGUUACAACAAAUAACAGAAGUCUUCAAUUUUUAAAUUUUAGGAGAGCACGUGGUCGCCAUUUGUGGCUCAUGUGCAUUUGAAUGUACAUAAAUUGUAAUGCAAUAUGUGCGACUAUAAGUGCUCACGAAAUGGUGAUUUGAAAUAACACAUGGAUGCUGUGCAUUUGAAUGUACGUAAAUUUGAAUGCAAUAUGUGUUACUAUAAGUGCUCACGAAAUGGUGAUUUGAAAACAAGUGAAACAAAAACAUUCUUAUAAUGUUAUAACCAAUUAUAAUCUUAACUAAUUUAAAAAAUAUUCAACAAAUGUUUUCUUUUAUUUUAAUAUUGAAAUAAUGGGCUCUCCCAGAAAAGCUAAUGCUUGAGCUCUGGAAGAGAGUUCAAAAAUCUUAAAAGUAAUUAGGAUGGAUGUCAAUUUAAUUAGUACCAGAAGAAACAAUAUGCAAUAUAAACACUAGAAUAUAAAUGUAUGUACAAUAUAACAAUGUAAGCACUAGAA